UCUCCGAUCGUUUUAUAUGAAGUAAUGUCUCGGAAUUUUUUUUAUGGCCUGUCAAUACCUCACGGGGUUCCCUCCUCCUCCCCCCGUCUGAUGGUUCAUGAUAAUGGGUCUAUUUAAAAUUGUCGCUCGCUGAUUUUGAUUGGAAAGACAAUAUUUCUUCCGUUGGAACACCAUGAAGGGACUUCUGAACCUCAUCGCCUUCUUUGUGGUAUUGUGGGCGGCAAAGUGUCAGGCCGAACUAAUACUACACUGUCCAGAAGUUGAGAUAAGGCCACCGCAUAUGACCGAUGGAGAGCGAUGCAGACGAGCAUGUACCCGGUAUUUUCCAGAUUCAAGGCACAUAUCGGUCAUUUUCCCAGCUGGACCAGAUUCCUACCAAUACAGAUGCGAGUUGGAGAACAUGGAGAACAAGCCACGACCGACCGAGGAAGUCAUAGGGGAUAUCGUUGAGGCGUCUGAAGAGGAUGAAGACCCUUCGGUGUCAAUAUCAGAGACCCUGACUGUACAAGGAAGACGACCAAAUGCAGAUGCUAUGAUUCGGAAAAUAAUUCAACAGAGUCAAACUAUAAUUCGUGCCCCUCCUCGGAUGGGCCUUAAUUAAGCACGACUAGAUUUAUAAAAUUUAAAUAAAUUAUCGGAGUUUCGAGAAAAAUGAUAACCCUGCGUCAUUU